UCCACACCCUUGUUUCCUUCUUUCAGUUACUUUGUGGGGAAGCACCUUUGGCUGGUGAUGGAGUACAUGGACGGAGGCACUCUGAGAGAUAUCAUCAGUGAGACUCAAAUGUCAGAAGGAGAGAUUGCAGUUGUCAGCCGUGAGUGCCUGCAAGGACUGGGUUUUCUUCACUCCAACCAUGUGAUCCAUCGAGAUGUGAAGAGCUGCAACAUCCUUCUCAGAAUGGACGGCUCUGUCAAGCUGGCUGACUUUGGCCUCUCUGCUCAGCUCACCCCUGAGCAGAGGAGACAGAGCUCCGUGGCCAGCACUUCUGGGUUGAUGGCGCCUGAAGUCGUGACAGGUCACCCGUACGGCCCCAAAAUGGACAUAUGGUCUUUUGGAAUCGUGGGCAUCGAAAUGGUGGAACGAGAAGUUCCUUACUGGAAUGAAACUCCUGUCUCGCCUCAACUCCUGAUAAACAUAAGAGGGACACCAAAGCUGUGGCAGCCCAACCUAUUCUCGCUUUUGCUGCAUGACUUCCUGAACUGCUGCCUGCAGACAGACGAGGCACAGCGCUGGUCUGCUGAGGAGCUCCUGCAGCAUCCACUUGUAACAUUAACUGAGCCUGUGUCCAGCCUGGUGCCGCUGAUCAUUUCAGUGAAGAGGAGGAAGGAGGAGAAAACAUCAGGACCAGCGUAGAGUCAGCUUGUAGACUAGGAUUGUAGAGUAGGGUUAUAGAGUCAGAUUGUAGACUAGAAUUGUAGAGUAGGGUUAUAGAGUAGGAUUCUGAACUAGGAUUGUAGAGUAGGGUUCUAGAGUAGGAUUGUGGACUAGAAUUGUAGAGUAGGGUUAUAGAGUAGGAAUAUAUAUCAAUAAGAUUUCUGAAAUUUUAACUCAUCUGGAAGAUUGCUUUCUUUUUUACCCUGUGAAUAAACUCAGCAUUUCCUUCUGA